UGGAGAUCUCAGAACUUGCGAGGGUACAAAUUUGUCUUGUUUCUUCCCAUCCUGUCUGUUCCAUCACUCACCCAUCACCACGCAUCAUCUCUUCUCAACACAAAGCCACACUUACACACCACCAUGUCGAGGAAGAAAAAGUCAGCUUCUUCAAGUCGAAAGGCUACUCCAGGCUCAUCAAUGGCAUCUAGCCGAAAGAGCUCUCCACCACCUCAAAAAACAGCUGUACUGCCUCAAGACGAGCUCAUGUCGGAGCCAAAACCAGAGCCAGUACAAGUAAUCGUCGAGCCCGCAAAACCUGAAAAGGAAGAGCCGUGGUGGAAGACAAAUGCAGAGGAACUUAUCGUACUUGUUAUCUUCAUCAUCAUUUCCACCAUGAUCGUCGUAGCCUCCGACAAUGAGUUUCUCAAGAGGCACGGGCGUUAGUUUUACUAUCUCUAGCUGCCAGCCAAGCAUCGUGAAGACUUCACCAAGGAGAGGAGGGUGUUACUGAAACCAGCCGACUUAUGAGGGUUUUUCUUUUGGACACGCUGUUACGAUAACGAAUAAAGUUUUUGUUUUACACUCUGAGGGUAUUUUCCCACCUUCUACCCCCUUCUACACGGUUC